AGACGCGCCACAACGCGCUCCCCGAUCUAGAUCUGACUACAUCCGGCGCUGCAACUUGAAGUUCCCCGUGCCUCGUCUCCCACCGCAUGCUCUCGCGCUCACUCAAGUAUAUCCAUCUGGGGAACUUCGAGACCGCACGCCCACCCGUACAACGAAGCCUUCACAAAAACAGGCCUGCCUCACUAGACAACCAAGCAUGGCACCGCCCACAUCUGCAGCCCACGGCGGCGCAGGGACCCCCGCCUCUGGGGCUGCCCCAACAUGUCAGCAACUCCACGCAGACGACGCAGCGUAUCAUGCGCCACCGUCCGCGUCCGCGGUGGGGGUGAAGCGGGUGGCGGGAGAGCGGGCGGACGGCGAGCCGCGGGCGAAGCGGAAGCGCGUCGACGCCUCCGCCACCGCAGGCGCAGCGUCGAGUGCUGCGGGACACAGUGCCAGCGGGAGCUCGGGGCUGACCGGCGGGAAGAAGGACCAGGCGAACGGGGAGGGGAAAAUCAACCUGGUGCAUCGACUUCUCGCGCUCCCGUCGGCGGCGGUAUUCGAGUACCUCAUGCAGUACGACCUCGUCCCCGACGUCGAGCCCUCGCCGCUGGGCCCGGACGACCCCUCGCCACCCUCGGCGCUUCUUCGCCCGCGGAGUCAGCCCCGGCGGCACGCGUCGACCGCGUCGCCCGCGCCCGGCGUGGAGCCUGUCGUGCCCGUCCUGGCGGACGUGCAUGAGGUGCACGGUGUCCUUGCGCAGGUCGCGCAGAGGCAUUUUAGGGAGCAUACGGUGAAGGAGGUGGAUGCGCUCGCGUCGUUCAUGUAUGCGCUGAAGGCAAAGGUUCGCAUGGGUUCAUGAUGAUCCUGUUCUCCCGCAUCCUGUCUCACGCUCUAGGUGUACACUGGAUCUUGUAUAGCUUGUGUAUAGUAGUCUUCGCAUCCGGAUAUUCAUUCUACCGAUCCGUCGUCUGUGCAAGUGAUUUGCCGUGUCGCGAAAGCGGUCCGAACACUGAAGCCUCCGCUUAUACGGUACUCUCACUCGCUUCUGUGAUCCGUUGUCUGUAAGCAUAGAACGUAGCGAAGAUACACCU